UGUACCCUCGCUAGACUUUCUGUUUUCUUGUGUCCUUCUAACCAAAACAAACGAGCUCCUUUAGAGCAUUCUCAUCGGGUUAGAACCCAAGUAAGAACUUAGUGUAGUGGAAGUCGUUUGGCUUUGUGUUGAAGCUUCACAGGCUUACUUAACUUUGUUUUGUUUAGCUUAACUCGCUAGCCAAAGCACGUUAACGCAUUUCUAUUGCUUUAGCUUAAAGCCACUUCUGAUUUGUAAAUUUUGUUUUAAGGGGGGGAGAGGGGUCGCUCGGUUAGCCUUAUAAGAUGCUUCUCGACUUGUCUUCAAAAUGCUACAAAACAAUACUGACUGAAAGCUAACGCAAUCCCAAACAUCAGUCAAAAGACUAGCGACGUGCAAGAUGAGGAUAUCCAGGACAAGUCGAGGUACUGAAAAACCAAAGAAAAUCCAGUGUCUCCCAGACGUCACUGUAGAGGAUCCUCACCCUGAGAAGCACGAUCCCCUCCACAUUAAACAGGAGUCUGAGUCGGAGAUGCAGUAUAUCAAACAGGAGGCGGAGCUAGAGACCUCCUACAUUAAAGAAGAAGAAAAGGAAUAUGAAAUCCCCAAGUUUCCAGUAAGCGUCAGUGUGAAGAGCGAAGAAGAUGGAGGUGCAAGCGAAGAGAGCGGAGCAGCGAAACCUUCCAGCGACAGCUUAUUUCAGCACCAGACAGCAAAAGGAGAGGGACGAUCGCAAACGGACGGCCUCCUAGCUCCGCUUUCGGACAGUGACGACGUAACGUCACACUCUUCUGACUUUAACACUGAUGAGCAGGAGGAUGACUUUGACCAAAAUGUUUCCAAAUCCUUAAACAAAUCAUCAUUGAAAAGAGACGCAAAAGAAUGUGCGGGUGGGAAACCGUUAUCCUGCACAUUUUGCGACAAAAGAUUUACUUGGAACACUGAUUUAGAAAGGCAUAAGCGUACGCACACUGGAGAAAAACCUUUUGUCUGCACAUAUUGUGGUAAAAGAUUCACCGAGAAGGGAAAUUUAAACAGACAUGCAAGAACGCACACUGGGGAGAAGCCUUUCGCCUGCUCAUUUUGUGAGAAAAGAUUUCUUUCGAAGUAUCAGGUGACAACACACAUGCGUACACACACGGGAGAAAAGCCUUUUGUCUGCACGUGUUGUGGUAAAAGAUUCACCGAGAAGAUCAACUUAAACAGACACGCAAGAACACACACUAAAGAGAUGCCUUUCGCCUGCUUAUUGUGUGAGAAAAGAUUUCGUUCAAAGUCUCAGUGUCUCGCAGACGUCACCGUAGAAGAUCUUCACCCUGAGAAGCACGAUCCCCUCGACAUUAAACAGGAGUCGGAGUCGGAGAUGCCGUACAUCAAACAGAAGGCAGAGCUAGAGACCCCCAGCAUUAAAAAAGAACAAAAAGAUGAAAUCCCCACAUUUCCAAUGACCAUCAGUGUGAAGAGUGAAGACGAUGGAGGUCCAAGCGAAGAGAACGGAGCAGCGAAACAUUUGAGUGACAGCUCAUUUCAACACCUGACAACAAAAGGAGGGGAACAACCACAACCGGACAGCCUCUUAGCUCCGCUUUCAGACAGCGACGACGUAACGUCCCACUCUUCUGACUUAAACACUGAUGAGGAGGAUGAUGACUUUGACCAAAAUGCUUCAAAAUUCUUAAGCAAGUCAUCAUUGAAAAGAGACGCAAAAGAAUGUGCGGGUGGGAAACGGUUUGCCUGCACACUUUGCGGCAAAGGAUUUUCACAGAGGACUGAUUUAGAAAAGCAUAAGCGUACACACACCGGAGAAAAACCUUUUGUCUGCACAUAUUGUGAUAAAAGAUUCACAGAGAAGGGAAAUUUAAACAAACACACAGCCACACACACUGGAGACAAGCCUUUCGCCUGCUCAUUUUGUGAGAAAACAUUUCGUUCCAAGUAUCAGGUGAAAAGACACACGCGUACACACACUGGAGAAAAACCUUAUUCCUGCUCAGUUUGUCAUCAGAAAUUCCGUAUGAAGGGAACUUUGAGCAGACACGCAAGAACGCACACUGGAGAGAAACCUUUUGACUGUUCACUUUGUGGUAAAAGAUUCACUCAGAAGGCACAUUUGGUAUCCCACGCGAGAACACACACUGGAGAGAAACCGUUUGACUGCGCACUUUGUGGUAAAAGAUUCACUCAGAAGGCACAUUUAGUGGCACACGCAAGAAGCCACACAGGGAAAAACCUUUGAAUUUCAGUGUGUGACAAGAUGUUCUAAUUCCUGCCACAUUUACAGUUGGAAAAGAAUUUCAAUUUCCUAAUUCAGUUUCCCUUAAGCUUCUUUAGACGACGGCUUCUGUCUUUCUGCACAUACGAUGUUGUCCUCACUGCUCUCCGCUAUUUCGGCACUGUCCAGGCAAAGACACGUUCAUUGCUUUCCAAUAGACUUGCCAGUAUUUUUCAACCUUUUCUGAAUCACAGCACGUUUUUCCAUUGGAAAAAAUCUUGCAGGACACCACAAACUAAAAAUGUUCCAAAAUGACUUUAUGUACAGUAUAUUUAAAUUUCUCAAUAUUCUCGCCAGCUGUCGGUCCCACACAGAGAGCAUCAGUGGGCAACAUGGGACAAGUCUGUGAAAGUGUCCAACCCGCGUCAUUCCCAGGAUAUCUUUACAUGUGUGAAAGCAAUGAUGCGAGUAAAUCCCGCAUCACAUUACACGGGAAUUUCCUGGUAUAUGUGUGUGAAAACAGCUUAAUUAAACUUACGAAUUUCACCAUUUUAAUUAAUGGUAAAUGGUGAACCUUUAAACAAAUUAUUAUGAACAAUAUAUUUCCAAGAAUUGCACAUUGACAACAGGAAAAAAAAUUAUGUACACAAAAAAUAAUCAUUUGCGCAUCAUGUAAAAAUUCAAUUAACUUUAGCGAGACAACAGCUUGGCUUAUUGGCAAAACAAAAAAUUGCAGGGAAACUUGACAGCUGUAACACUGAGUGUCCUUUAAAAUACCGCCAGGGCAACCCUAAUAAUGUUAUUAUUAAAAAAAAAAAAAAAUCAGAUAAUUACUUGUGGCACUCCUGACGAUCUCAUGGCACAUUAGUGCGCAGCGGCACACUGGUUGAAAAAACUGACAUAGGCCACCGUUGACGUUGUGGACGUCUGUGUUAUCCUUGAUAUCAGUUCCCAUGGCUGCCUUAACACACCACUUCUUGGACAUCUCACCUACCGGCUGUCUUUUUAUCAGACACGUACUUCUGGCUAUUUUGCCCACCCCCACAAUCAUUCCUUUCAGGCACUCAUAUUUUAAAUGUCUUCUGUUUGUCAAUUACACUAUGGUUUUAACAAUCUUAUUUUAUUAGGUACUGAAGAGCACUGGCAAUAAAAGCAGGUGUGUUUAGAUGUGAUUAAUGUUUAGCAGGUUAGCAAACAUUAUUUAUGUAAUUACUUGAUCUUUUGAUAAUAGCUAUUAAAUAGUUGUGUUCAUGCCUGGUUGACUUUUUUUUUUUUUUUUACU